AUGGAGUCCUACUUUAAGCCGGUGGAACGGCAGUAUAACAACGGGAUCCACCUGAAGCUUGCGAAUAACGAAGGCUCAAAGGCAAAGAAUACGCCAAAUGCAAAGGCUGGAUCCUAUGGAGUCAGCAUCCGUGUCCAAGGGAUAGAUGGCCAUCCCUACAUUGUGCUCAACAAUACAGAAGGGUGCCUGUCUGAAAACCACUCCGUGCCUGAAAAUGGCCAGGAAGUUGCAUCGCAGGCCCAUCCUAGGCCUGUGGCGGACUCUGGUUGUUCUCCUGAGCCUGAGCAGAAAACUGGGGGAAACAGACACUUGUGUGGGAAUACACUGACGGGUAUUUUUAAAGGUACGCUGAAGCGGACCAGUGUGGAUGAAGGAGAAAACAGUAACUUGCAUUUCAAAGCUGGGCUCCUCAAGUCUUCCAGUCUUUUGAAUUUCCAAAGGCACCCAGAGCUCCUCCAGCCCUACGAUCCUGAAAAAAAUAUCCUGAAUCUGGAAGGCUUUCAGUUAUCCAUAUCCAGUACGUCUGGAUCUUUAGCAGAGGAGGAGAAUACAGAUGCUAAGCCUUGCAGGUCGCCCCUGCAGUUUGCAGAACUAGCAAAACUGAAACCAAAAACAGUGGAUUUGACCAAGCCGGCACCAGGGGAAGACCUGAGCCAGCAGGAAGAGGGAUGCUCCAGUGUUGUUGAUGGUCUUAAUGGGAUGCAGGAAUCCUUUUCAUCUGGUGGUGGAUCUUCCUAUGCUGUAAGCCCGCCCACCUUCCCAGAAGCCAAGAAAUGUAGGCCUGACCUCCUUCCCUUCCGCAGACAAGAUUCAGCAGGAUCCAUCCUGAAUGGUUCACGGCGCUCAUCUUCUUCAUCGACGACCCCAACAUCGGCUGCUUCCUUAUAUAAGUUCUUUCUAGAUGAUCAGGAAUAUGCCAUCUAUGCUGACAAUGUCAACCGGCAUGAAAACAGAAGGUACAUUCCAUUUUUGCCCGGGACCGGUCGUGAUAUUGACACUGGUUCCAUUCCUGCAGUCGAUCAGCUGAUUGAAAAGUUUGACCGGAAAGUUGGUCCGCACAGAAGAGGCCGCCUGGGAAUGCGGAAUAGGAUCCACCCAGACGACCGCAAGCGGUCAAGGAGUGUUGACAGUGCUUUAUCUUGUGGCCUUACAGUGAAUUCUGAUGGUUCAGAAGGAUUGGAUCCAUCGCCCGAAAUUACAGAGCAGCCUGCAAAAGUGUGCCUUCAGGGACCGCAGUCUCCAGGGCAGAAGGCAGCCCCUCCUCGGGAACAAGCUGCUCCUCGCUCAGUGGGAAAACUCCAAGCGGCAGCAGGCGCGAGGGACUUCCCCAACAGCCAUUUUAAUUCUUUGCAGUAUCAUAAGGACGUUAAUAAAAAACCUGAGGAGAGCUUGGUUUUUAAGUCAUCCACACUUCCAGUCCAGAAGAAGAAAAGUGAAAACAAACUGGUGACUUCUACGCUCCUGAUCCCAAAACGUAUUGCAACGCAGAAAAUUUCUCUGAAAACAUUUACCCCAGCUUCAAAUGCUCAGGUGACACCGGAUUUGCUGAAAGGCCAACAGGAACUGGCUCAGCAAACCAAUGAGGAAACUGCUAAGCAGAUUCUCUACAACUAUCUCAAGGAGGGAAGCGGUGAAAAUGAUGAUGCAACAAAGAGGAAGGUCAAUUUGGUCUUUGAGAAGAUCCAGACUCUGAAGUCUAGAGCAGCUUGCAACACCCAGACUUCUGAUCCUUCGGCUGAAGUUAAGGCCUUGGUGGAACGGAAGGAAGAGCUGGAGAAGGAGGUGUCUGAGCUGCGGAGGAAGCUGGAUUUGGAAGUCAGGAAUCAGCAAAACCUCUGUGAUGAACGAGAUGCAGCAAAAGCGGAAUUGCAAGAGUUUCAGCAGCAGCUGGAGGAAAUCAUGGAGGAAAAGGACACCUUCCAAAGGCAGCUGGAGGAAAGCGAGAAGGACCUGAGGCAGAACCUGGAGGAGCUUUUCCAAGUAAAAAUGGAGAGGGAGCAGCACCAAACAGAAAUCCGGGACUUGCAGGACCAGCUUUCUGAAAUGCACGAUGAGCUCGAUUGUGCAAAGCAUGCUGACGAUGGCGAGAGGGAGCUCCUUAUCGAGGAACUGAUGCAGCUGAAGCAGGAUCUUCAGGCCAUCCUGAUGGCCAAAGAGCAGCAGGAGGAAGUUCUGAGGAAGCGAGAGCGUGAACUGACCGCCUUGAAAGGAGCCCUGAAGGAAGAAGUGUCCACUCAUGACCGAGAGAUGGACCAGCUCAAGGAACAACAUGACCAGGAGCUCCAGAAAUUGAGGAAAGACCUGGAGGAAGCCACAGAGAAAGUAGAUGCCCUGCUGAAUGAAAAGGCCAUGGCUGAAAAGUGUGUGGAAGACCAUGUGACGGAGAUAACGGAGGAGAACCAGCAUCUGAAGGAGAUCCUCACGAAGCUGGAGAUUCAAGAAAAAGAACUCCAGAAAGAGCUUGACCAUUUGAGAGGAGAAAGAAGCAAAAUGGAAGAGAGGAUGGACACUUAUGAGAAAAAGCAGCAAGAAUUGGAAGCGGCCUUGGUGCAGUCAGAAGACAAGGUGCAGGCGCUUGAAUCAACGAAUGCCUCUUUGGAAGCUCAGCUGGCAGAUGCGCAGAAGAACUUCAGCCAGCUGAGCCAGGAGCAGCAACAGUUAAUUGACAGGCUGAAAGAUGAAGCUAACCAGAAGGAUCAGUUAAAGAGGAUGAAGAGUGAACUGGAGAAUGAGCGGUGGCAACUGGACAAGACCAUUGAGAAGUUACACAAGGAGAUGGCAGAAAUUAUAGAGGUUUCGCGGGCGUCAAGCCUGGAGCUCCAGAACCAGCUAGAUGACUACAAAGAGAAAAAUCGACGGGAACUUGCUGAGACGCAGAGGCAGCUGAAAGACAAAAACCUGGAGCUAGAAAAGGCGCAUCUGGCAACUCUCAAAUUGCAAGAGGAGGUGCGUUUUAUGGAGGAGGAAUUACGGGAUCACCAGAGAGCCCAAGAUGAGGCCAUUACCAAAACCCAGCUCCUGGAACAGACCGUCAAAGCCCUGGAAUAUGAACUGGAAGCAAAAAACCACCUGAAAGAAGAUAGGGCAAGACAAGCCAAGAUAAUGGAGGACAAAGUAUCACAACUGGAACUUGAGCUUGAAGAGGAACGGAAUAAUUCGGAUAUCUUGUCUGAAAAGAUAACUCGGUGCAGAGAGCAGAUUGAGCAAAUGAGAAGUGAACUACUUCAAGAAAGGACUUCACGGCAAGAUCUUGAGUGUGACAAAAUUUCUCUAGACAGACAGAACAAAGACUUGAAAAGUCGGAUUCUGCACCUUGAGGGCUCUUACAGGUCCAGCAAAGAAGGGCUUCUUGUUCAGAUGGAAGCCAGGAUUGUGGAGCUGGAGGAGCGACUAGAGAAUGAAGAGAGAGAUCGUGCGAAUCUCCAGCUUGGCAACCGUCGGCUUGAAAGGAAAGUCAAAGAGCUCAUGAUGCAGGUCGAUGAUGAGCAUCUCUCCCUGACAGACCAAAAGGACCAGCUGAGUUUGCGCUUGAAAGCAAUGAAACGGCAAGUGGAGGAAGCAGAAGAAGAAAUAGACAGACUUGAAAGCUCCAAAAAGAAACUUCAGAGGGAUCUGGAAGAGCAAGUUGACUUGAAUGACCAACUGCAAGGGCAGCUGAGUGCCAUCAAACAGGAACUCAGGUGGGAAAGGAGGAACCUCAGAAGACACAGUGGCUUCAGUGCCAUGGUCCAACUUCUCCAAGAUCAAGAGUUACGAAAAAAGACCUCUAGUAAAAUGCUGAGUGAUCUUGAUGACGAAGACGAUGAUUUCAGCACUGAUGGGGAGAGCCUCUAUGAAGCACCUUCUGGAUUUAAGUUCUUAAAGGACGAUGACAUCAAAAGCUAAAAAGGAAGCCAGCUACACACACAUGCUGUGCCUUAACUGUGGAAAAAUCCAAUGACUGCAGGAAUAUUAACGGAUUUUAUGUAGCCUUCCAGAAUGUGCCAUUUUAAGACUUAGAUAUUUCAGAAAUAAACAUCCUAAAUUAUGAAGAACUUGCUCUUCCAAACCAUGUAGAAAUACCACAGGUGCCUGUAACCCUGGAGGGACCUAGUACUGUGUGAAGGUGAUACUUCUCAGCAGAAAUAGAGUUGUUAAGUUCUGAUCUAAAGAGGUGAAGUGUUCUGCUUCUAAGCAGAGUUCAACUGAAUUUGUCUGCUACAGAUGAAAAGAGCAAGUCACUAUGUUCAAGCAAUAUUAUUUAAUCAAUGUAAGUAGAGGAAAAAUGUACAGUAUAGAAUGUACAUAUUUUAAAUUAGAUCUUUUUUAUGGACCGCUCUAGCAUCAUAUUUUUUAAGGUUGUAUGUUUUUAUAGAGCACAUAUGAAGCACAGUAAUUUGUUUGGAGUAUCAUAUUGUUUUUAAGUUUCUAAAAAAAUAUGUUAAAUUCGACAUAUUUAGCAAGCACCUUUUAUGGUCUCAAGGCAAGUAAAAUGAUGCAGCAGUCUGUGAUGUCUGGAGCCUACUGAGCCCUUCUGCUGUUUCUGAAAACAGCCAAAAAAAUCCAUCAAUAGCAUUUCUGGAAAAAAAAGGAAGCCGGAAGCCUAUUGUGUUGACAAUCAACAGAAAAUCUCUUGCGAUUUAAUUUUUAUUUCCUAAACUAAAACGUGUACAGUACUUUAUUUUACACUAUAUUUUGUAGCUCUCCUUCUGUGUUCUGCUUUAACAAAUCUGGACAGAAUCCACUAGGAAGGCACCAUAUGAAAGCCAUCUUAAUUUCAAAGACUCAUGCAAGAAAAACUUCCUGAUGGAUUUUGUGCAUAAAUUGAUACACCAAAACCCUUAUAGAAAACACAUAGUUAUUUUUGUGGCCCUCUUCAGGUAUGCUAAACUGUAAAAGUAAGUCAUUUUGAAAUAAACUGCAUCAGCUAAA